AUGUCUAAUCAAGAAACUAACAAUACCAAAGUGAACAACGAUGUUCAAGAGGUACAAGAGUUACCAAAACAACGCCCAAGAAACUUUUAUCGAAAGCGACCUGGUAGUGAACGAAAAAAUCAAGACUUAGGAGAAGAUGAAACUCGACCAUCCAAUGAUGAUGACACCCAAAAAUCGAAUAAUUCCGAUGAUCAAGAGAAUCAUGUGAAUAAUACGCGAGGCCGAGGUGGUCGACGAGGAGGUUUUCGCGGUCGAGGGCGUUUUUCUCGUGGUAUACCAUUCUAUGGUGACUAUUAUCAAGCUUAUUCGCAUUAUGCAAACUAUAUGAAUGGAGCUGAUGGAAUGUAUCCCCCUCCAGGUGGAUAUUAUGGUCCAUCAUAUCAUGGUGAUCUAUCAGAACAAGAUGGUACGAAUGAUUAUCCAGUACGUGGUAACCGCGGUUUUCGUGGUGGUCGAGGAAGACGUGAUAGACGACGCGCUCAAGUAACAAAGAAUGAGACUGAUGAAAAUAACACUACUGCGAAUAAUAAUGAACAACAGCCAGGCGAAAAUGCUGAUCCCAACAAACAUCGUAAUCCAAAACGUCGGCAACGUAGACCAAAACGAGAAACUAAUGAAAAUGAUGCAAGCUCGGAACAACAACAAAAAGAUGGUGCUGUUACAGAUGAUCAACAAAAAGACGAAAAUACGCAAGGUUCAGCUGAUAAACCACACAAGAAAUCGAGCCGACAACGACGUCGUCGAAAUACAAAUGCUAGUCAAAAUGGUACUGAAACAGAAGGACACCCGAAAUCAGACCAAGUGAAAAAACCUAAAGACGAUGAAACCAUCGUGAAAAAUGUUCUUCGCUUUAUGGUUAAUAAAGUUGCUCGCCGUUUAGCACCAAGAUAUCGACGACAAAGUCAUCAAAACAAAAAAGACGCUACAGAUAAUGCUACUACUGAUGUUGAAAAACCACAAACACGUACUACUUCUGGUCGACGUGGCCGACGUGGUGGUGGUGGUGGUGGUGGUCGACUACCAGGAAAUGGAUAUUUCAUGGAACAUGGUUAUUAUGAUCCGUAUGGUAUGACUCCGUAUUAUUAUGGAAUGUAUUAUGGUUAUCCUAGUCGAGGUUUUGGCGGUCGUGGUCGCGGUGGACGUGGUCGUGGUCGUGGUCGUUUUCGACAACGCGGAGGAGCUAAUAAAGAAAACCAACCUCAACAUAACAGUGAAAAACGAAAAACUGAAGAUUCAACUCCCGUCGAUGAUAGUUCUCAAAGUAAAGCACCAGUCGCUGAACAAUUCAACACCUUUCCUGUUGGUUGUAGCGUCGAGGGUGUAACGUUUGCCUAUGGAAGCACUGAUUUCUAUCAUGGUGCUAGAGAUAAAUUCGAAAAUUUUGAUAUUCUGGCUUUAAUGUAUGCUGAUGAUUUGGCGGCUUUAACACAAACUCUUGAUGAUCUAAAACUUUUUAUUGAGAUCUUUGAAAACGUCACUCAAGCAUAUGGCUUAACUAUGAGUGUUAAGAAGACCUGCGUUAUGUCAAUGCAACAGUUCAAAGAAGGUAUCAAUGGAAAAAUUGUGAAGAACCAAGAAGUUGAUAUCCCUGAUAUUGAAAUUACUAUCAGAAAUCAAAAAAUUGAAACAGUGGACUCGUUCUCCUAUCUAGGUUGUUGGGUCUGUCGUGAUCAACGAUCAGAUAAAGAAAUAGAAUCAAGAUUAACAAAGUCAGCAACAGCGUUCAACAUGUUAAGAAAUGUUAUUUGGCAUAGAAAAACGAUAUCAAUAGAAGCUAAACUUCGCAUCUUUAGAGCGUGUGUCCUGCCAGUCCUAUUGUUUGGUAGCGAAGUUUGGUCACUGACUGCUGUUCAAGAAAAUAGAAUCAGCACUUUCUAUAUGAAAUGUUUAAGAACGAUACUUGGUCUGAAUCUGGGAGAUCGUGUAGCAAAUAUAACAAUAAUGCAACUAUCUGGCCAACCUUCAAUUGAAAAUCUUAUGCGACGAAAUCGAUUAAGAUGGUUUGGUCAUGCAAAUCGUAUGGAAAAUGAAAAUGGGCCACAUUUAGAGGCGUUUUCUCGGCUUCUUUUUGAUCAUCCUAACAACAUGCCUCGUAGAUUACCUGUAAAUGAUCCAAUUAUUUCCAUCGUACUUCAAUUAAAUUAG